UAGCAGCAGCUGUUGAAAUAUCCCGUCCAUUAUGAGGGCUGUGGUGUUUCUGCUGUUGGUGGCCGCGGCCGGUGCGAAGGUCUACGAGCGAUGCGAAUGGGCCCGCGUGCUGAAGGCUAAUGGGAUGGACGGAUACGGAGGCUACGGCCUGGCCGACUGGGUCUGUCUGAGCUACUCGGAGUCCGGUUACAGCACCACCGCCACAAACUUCAACACCGACGGAUCAACUGAUUACGGCAUCUUCCAGAUCAACAGCCGCUGGUGGUGUGAAGACGGGCGGACCCCCCGCUCAAAGAACGCAUGUUCCAUCUCGUGCAGCGCACUUGUUUCUGAUGAUGUCAGAGUGGCAAUCAAUUGUGCCAAACGCGUCGUCAGGGAUCCCAACGGCAUGAGAGCCUGGGUGGGCUGGCGCAAUCACUGCGAGCACCGUGACGUGAGCUCCUAUCUGGCAGGAUGUCGUCUUUAAUGACGGCAUGGAACCAGAAUACUGUUGUUGCUUCGUGAAAGUCAAAUGAUUACAUUCACAUCACCACAGCUGAAAUCUUGUGGUUAUUUCAGCAUGUAUCUGUCAUUUCAAAUUCCCGCUCAUGCCGGUUGUUCAUCAAAAUGUGAAAACAAUAAAGGGAUUUUGAGGUAA